AUGAGCAAGCGCCCAGCAGAGGUGGUGGACCUUGUGGACCUCUGCGACGACUCCGACUCCCCCAGCCCGUCGCCCAGGCAGAGGCGCAGCCUUGGCAGCAGCGCACCAGGCCUGUCAGGGGCACCAGCGCAGCCCCCACCCGCCGCGCCUGCUGUCACCAACAGCCUGCUGCGGCAGCUGAAUGAGGAGCGCCAAGCACGGCGGGCACAGCAGCAGCAGCAGCAGUGGCCACACCAGCUGCCACCUUCACCGCGACAGCUGCAGCAGCGGGAGCAGCAGCGGCAGCAGGGCGAGCAGCAGCGGCCACCUUCACCGCGACAACAGCAGCGGCAGCAGUGCGAGCAGCAGCAGCCACCGCCACCGCAGCAGCAGCCGCAGGUGUGGGACGGCCGACCAGCCGGCCCCUCGCGAGCUCUCUGGGUGGGCCCGCCAGCCCCAGCGGUUGGGCCGGCCAGCGGCAGUGCUCCUGGCUCCGCCAGCGGUCCAGUCACUGGGCCCAGCAUUGGCCUGGUAGACCUCUUCGCUGGCCUGUCCACCGCCGUGUGCGGGGCACUGCGGGCCGGCAUGCGGGUGGACAGGUACUAUGCCGUGGAGGUGUCCCCCUCGGUGCGCCGCAUGGCGGACCACCACCUGCGCCGGCUGCAGGCACGCCACGGCCCCGCCGCGCUGCCCGACUCGGCGCUGGCCAGCGCCCACUCGGCGCUGCCGCAGGACAGCGGCGGUUCCAGGCUUGGCCGCAUGUCCCUGGGGCGCAUCGACCUGCUGUGCAGCGGCUUCCCGUGCCAGGACCUGAGCCGCAGCAACCGGGGCGCGCAGCUGGGCCUGCGGGGCGCCCGGUCCGGCCUGUUCUUCCAGGCCGCCCAGAUCCUGGAGUGGGUGAAGGAGGUCAACCCAGAUGUCGUGUUCCUGUUUGAGAAUGUGGACUUAAGCGACCACCAGGAGCCGGCGAUUCGGGAGGACUGGCACACCGUGAAGCGCAUGCUGCGCUGCAGGCAUGCAGUGGAUACUGCAUGGCAUCGUGCUGCAGGCCCACCGCAUGCAUGCACCCCGGCCCCCUGUUUCCAGCCCAACGUGCUGAUCUUUGAUGCGGCGCUCGUGUCGCCCGCCCACCGCGUGCGAGCCUACUGGGAGGAUCGGGACCUCGCCACCGCCCUGCACCCCUGCCACCGUCCCAAGCUGUCCCCCACCACCGACAACCCGCGCAUCUUUGCCCACUUCAACAAGAAGGGGCAGCCCAUGCGCAAGUACCCCACCGUGUGCCGCACCUGGCAGGCCGAGCACGGCGCAUACAACCUGGCCAACGGCACUGGCUACGUGCUGCACCGGGCCACCGGCCGUGAGGAGCUGCCGUUUGUGGAGGAGGUUGAGCGCUUUGUGGGGCUGGACGAGGGGGCCACCGCCGCGCCAGGCAGGUCCCCGGCACACCUGGUGCACCCGGCCUGCGGCAACAUCUUUGAUGCCAAUGUGCUGACCCACUUCAUGCACCAGUUCCGCCCUUUCUUCAGCGGCAGCGCCCGCAUCCUGCGCGCCGGCCAGCUGCCGCCGGCCUACAGCCUCGAGCUGCGGGAGCGGGCGGCCUGGGCGGUGGGCAGCCGGCAGCAGGGGCGGCGCCAGCAGUACGACAGCGGCGACAAGGUACGCCGUACCGCCCGCCGCCCGCACGUGGAAAGCGGCAUCCACGCGGACGGCCACGGCCUGCCUGUGGACCUGCUGCGCCUGGUGCUGCAAGCGGUACUGGGGGAGGAGCGGCAGGAUGCGUACCGCCUGGUGCGCGACCUGCAGCGCUUUGCGCUGGUGUGCAAGACGUGGCGCGAGGCCGUCUUCUCCACGCCGCUGCGCCUCAACCUUGACUACCAGCCGGAGGGCCACAUUCGCCGACCUGCAGAUCCACCCAAGUGA